AUGGCGGCGGGGCGAGCUCUCGUGUUUUUAUUAGCGUUAAGUUGGGUCAGUGCCGCGCCCGCUCCCGACGCGGUGGACUUCAUUGAGAAUGUUCGAGAUGGUGGUAUGAGCAGGAUCGUCUCCGGCUGGGAAGCGGAGGAGGCGCAGAUCCCCUACCAGCUGUCCAUCCGGAUGGUGGCCCCGGCCGGUAACGUGUUCAGCUGCGGCGCCACCAUCAUCCACAGCGAGUGGGCCCUCACUGCCGCUCACUGCACCGCUAACCGAGUAACCAUCGUCAUCCGCGCCGGCGCCACCGCUCUGAGCCACCCCGAGCUGCUGUUCGAGACCACGGACUACAUCAACCACCCGGAGUACGACGAGUCGCUCACGAGGGUGCAGCCUCAUGACAUCGGCGUUAUUAAAUUCAACCGUGUGCUCGAGUUCAACGAUCGCAUCCAACCGAUCAGGCUGCAGUCAUCCGCGGACAUGGACAAAAACUACGAGAACAUCAGACUCCAAGCUAGCGGUUGGGGACGGACGUGGACUAACGGUCCGUCACCCGAGGUCCUGAACUGGGUGUACCUGCUCGGCACCAGCAACCCGUUCUGCAGAACUGCUUUCGGCGGAAGCUCCAUCGUUGUCGACUCCACCAUCUGUGCUGGAGCCUACAACGUCAGCAGCCAGUCCACUUGCCAGGGUGACAGCGGCGGCCCGCUCGUGGUCAUCGACUACGACGGUGUGCCCACCGAAGUGGGCGUCACUUCCUUCGUGUCCAGCAGUGGCUGCCACACCGACUUCCCAGCUGGCUUCAUCCGCCCAGGGCCGUAUCACAAAUGGUUUACUGAAGUGACCGGAAUUGACUUCGACUGGCAACCCUCACCCCCGAACGACGAUGCAUUCCUACUAAUUGAACAAUAAACAUGAUCCACUAGCUAAUAUAAUAAUCAGCGGCAUGCAUGGUGCACUUCACAUGCAUAUAAAUAAUUUACCUAAAAACUCAAUCAUUUACUUUAUUAUUAUAUACAUGGCAACACCAAUAAUUCUGUGGGUAAAAUAAAUGUAUUCAUGCCAUUGACUACUGUGAUUGUGUAUUUAUUUCUCAGACCAAUUACCUUCUAUUGGACUUGUAUAGCACUCAAAUUCACCAAUAAAUUUGUCUGUCGUUUUUUGAGGGGGACGAG